AUGGAUGAUCUCAAGGACAGCUCUUCGGAAUCAAGCGGCAUGGAUGGUUUCAUCUACGAUGACUGGGCGGACCUCAUCUACGAUGAAUGGGAGGACCUUCACGCUGCCGACGCCUCGCAGCUGGGUCCGUUGUUCACACCAGAGGAGUCGAAGGAAAUCGACGCCCUGCUCAAAUCUAUGGUCAGCAGGCGGACUUCUGCGCUGCUGACGCCUCGCAUCAAGGGCAAAGACUAG